CAGGUUGAACAAAGUAAGGUCUGCACUUCCUUCAUAGACUUACAGCACGGCUCAACUGACAGUGACAGCACCAAUUGUGGAUUGUGCAUGUGGUCUGGACCUUCUCCAUUCACCUGAGAGCUCCAGGAAAUACCCUACUUGUCACGAAUAAUUCCUAAAAUACAGACUUCUUCAUCACUGAUUUUGCAGGCCUGCUGGAAUACUAUGAGGUGGAUAGGUGCUAUACGGAUCCUGGUGAUCUUGUUCACGCUCCUAACAACGUGGUACUUUGCGGAAACAAUUUUUGCCGCAAAAUGGCAAGGAAAGAGUCUACGGAGUAUAUUCGAUAAGCAGACUGAUGAGAAACCUAGUCAUAAAAAAACACACACCAAAUGCGGAAAUGAGAAGGAAUGUUCGGAAAAUUACUAUGCCUUCAAAAUCAUAAGUGGAGCAGCCAAUGUAGUCGGCCCUACAAUCUGUUUUGAAGACAAAAUCCUAAUGAGCAGCGUAAAAAACAACAUCGGAAGAGGACUAAACAUGGCCCUUGUGAAUGCCUCUACAGGUAUACUUCAACAUACGGGCCAUUAUGACAUGUACUCUGGAAAUAUCAAGGAAGUUAAGAAGUUCUUGGAGAAGAUGGUAGAUGGCACAUUGAUACUUAUGGCGUCUUAUGAUGAUCCAGCCACAAAAUUGGAUGAGGAAACCAGGAAUUUAUUUUCCGGUUAUGGCAGUAGUUAUGCAAAGAAAGUUGGUUUCCGGGACUCGUGGACAUUUGUCGGAGGAAAAGCCAUCAAGAAUAAAAGUCCCUUUGAACAGUACAUCAAGAAUGAUAAGGAGACAAACAAAUAUGACGGCUGGCCGGAAGUCCUGGAGAUGGAAGGCUGUAUUCCACGCAAAAUGGAAUGAGAGAGUGGUCUGGUUAUUGUUCCGUUCAUCCCGCACCGCACUCCCAGGACUCCUCUGUACACAUCGCUUAUUAGCAGAGAAAUGUGAUACGAUCUCUACAGGAUGUUUUGAUAUGUUUUAUAUGUUAAUGUAUAUAUUAUUUUAUUUAAUAAAGGCAGGAUCUAAUGAUGGGAA